UUUGAUUUAUAAUCAUCAUCAUCAUCAUCAUCAUUGUUUGCCAAUGUAAUUCUGAUUUUUUGUCAAGUGAAACGCGACAUUUUUUGUUUUCUUUCCGUUUUCUCUAUGUAUUGUUCGAGGAGCCAUCAAAUCAUUGAUCAAUAGAACAAAUUUAAUUUAAAAUUUGCUGCAAUAAUAAAUCCAUUGAAAAGAAUUUUCGUGCAAACAAAACAAAACAAAAACAAUGAUUUUAUUGGAAUUCAAUAAUCGAAUAAUUGAAGAUGUUCUUCGUUUGAAAAUUUCUGAAUAUGAGAAAAACAAUAAAGCCGAUUCCGUAGAGGUAAAAGUUGCCGAUUUCGAUGGUGUACUGUAUCAUAUUUCCAAUCCGUGUUUGGAUAAAACGAAAAUUCGUAUCAGUAUUUCAUUGAAAUUCUAUAAAGAAUUACAACAACAUGGUGCAGAUGAUCUAUUGAAACGUGAAUAUGGUGAUUUUUUGUUGAAACCACCGGAAAAUGGUUAUAAUGUUACAUUAUUAUAUGAUCUGAAUAAUUUACCAACGGAUAAAGAAUCAUUGAUAGAGAAGGCAUCAUUAUUGAAACGUAAUUGUUUUGCAUCGGUAUUUGAAAAAUAUUUUGAAUUCCAAGAAAACGAUAUACAAGACACAAAACGUGCUGUUAUCCAUUAUCGUGAUGAUGAAACAAUGUAUGUUGAAUCACAAAUAGAUCGUGUAACGGUCAUAUUCAGUACAACAUUCAAAGAUGAAGAUGAUAUUGUUCUUGGCAAAGUAUUUAUGCAAGAAUUUAAAGAAGGUAGAAAAGCAUCACAUACAGCACCACAGGUAUUAUUUUCACAUCGUGAACCACCACGUGAACUACAGGAUACGGAUGCACGUGUUGGCAAUAAUAUUGGUUAUAUUACAUUUGUACUAUUUCCACGUCAUACAUGUAAAUCGAAUCGAGAUAAUACGAUUAAUUUAAUACACACAUUUCGUGAUUAUCUUCAUUAUCAUAUAAAAUGUUCAAAAGCAUACAUUCAUUCACGUAUGCGUGCAAAAACAUCGGAUUUUCUUAAAGUAUUGAAUCGUGCACGUCCAGAAAAGAUUGAAAAAGAAAAACGAAAUAUUAAGGGAAAAAUCAUGAACAUCCGUUAACCAAACAACAUGUGGAAUAUCAAAUGAAAUGAUGGCAUGAAAAUGGUAACAGCAAUAA